GUAGAUUCGUAUAUAAUCCAUGGAAGCCAAAUCCAAAGCGGCUUGAGAGAGAGAGAGCGAGAAAAUUUGGGAGAAAAUAUUUGUGGAGAGAGAGAAAAAGAGAGGAUUUCUUUUUUUCUUUUUUGGAUUUUUUGAGAGGGAGGGGGGAGAGAGAGAGGGGAAGGCGGCAAAUGGCGGAUUCAAGCGAUUCGGUUUCCAUUGAUAUGGAGACGAUAUCCCUGGGAGGAAAGGAGCACCUCGUGAAAACUAGCAAGGGUUCAGUCUCUGUUUCUGUGUUUGGAGACCCGGACAAGCCAGCUCUUGUUACUUAUCCUGAUUUAGCUCUAAAUCAUUUGUCCUGUUUUCAAGGCUUAUUCUUCUGUCCAGAAGCAUUUUCUUUGCUGCUCCACAACUUUUGCAUUUAUCAUAUAAGUCCUCCUGGGCAUGAGUUGGGAGCCGAUGCAGUUAGCCUUGAUGAACCUGCACUUUCUGCUGAUGACUUGGCAGAUCAGAUUGCUGAGGUUCUCAACUUUUUUGGACUUGGUGCAGUGAUGUGCAUGGGGGUUACAGCUGGAGCUUACAUUCUUACCCUAUUUGCUAUAAAAUAUAGGCAUCAUGUUGUUGGUUUGAUACUUAUUUCUCCUCUAUGCAAAGCACCAUCUUGGACAGAAUGGUUGUAUAACAAGGUGAUGUUGAAUGUACUCUACUACUAUGGCAUGUGUGGUGUGGUGAAGGAGUUAUUGCUUAAGAGGUACUUCAGCAAGGAAGUCCGUGGUAGUGCUCAGGUACCAGAAUCAGAUAUAGUUCAGGCAUGCAGAAGAUUGCUGGAUGAGAGGCAGAGUUCAAAUGUUUUGAAGUUUCUUGAAGCGAUUAAUGGGAGACCAGACAUUACGGAAGGAUUGAGGAAACUACAAUGUCGGUCACUAUUAUUUGUUGGGGAUAACUCUCCUUUCCACUCUGAGGCCCUCCACAUGACCUCAAAACUAGAUAGAAGAUAUAGUGCCUUAGUGGAGGUUCAAUCAUGUGGGUCGAUGGUGACCGAGGAGCAGCCUCAUGCCAUGUUGAUUCCCAUGGAGUACUUUCUCAUGGGAUAUGGGUUGUACAGGCCAUCGACGGUCAGUCUGAGUCCAAGAAGCCCCUUGAGUCCGUCUUGCAUCGCUCCAGAGCUUCUCUCACCAGAAAGCAUGGGCUUGAAGUUAAAACCGAUAAAAACACGAAUCUCAUAAAGAGGAUGAAAGAAAGAAGGUGGGCGUGAUUUGUUUUUGCAAUCUAUUUAUCAUGGAAAGAGUUUGUAAUAUCUCUUGAUUGUUCAAGGGGAAGGUAAAGGAGGGGGAUUACUGGAGGGUUGUAGAUACAGAUUAAGAGGAAAAGGGUGAUUGAUGAAGAAGGGACUGUUACAGAAAGAAAAAGGGGAAUUUGUGAUUCUUUCAUUUGUAAGCAUAAAGUGUUAGUUGAGGUGGGGCUGAGUUAUCUGUAAAUCCUCGGAAUAAUUCUUUAGAAUAACCUGCAAAUAAAAAUAAUAAAAAAGCCCCUGUUGCUUUCUCAUUUUCA